AAUUUAUUAACGGUUAUAUCUCAAAAAGACUCAAAAAUGAAUUACUAUAUAGAAAGCCAAUUAUAAAAGAUGAGCUAACUACUAGAAUCAAAGCAAUCUGAGAUCAAUAAAUUGAAGGCAUAAGUCGAGAAAUAUUAAAACUAUGAUUAGUAAGAAAUGCUAUUUAUUUCAGAUAAUUGGAAGAACUAAACUAAUACAUCAUGUAGUUAAAUUACCAAUUUGAAUAACAAGAAUAGACUCACAAGGAUUAGAUUUAUGUUAUGUAGAGGGAGUUGGCAUUUGCCUAAGACGAAAUCAAAAAUUUGCAAGUAUUCAUAUUCAUGUUUUUAUUAGAGAACAAGAGGUUAAACUGAAUAACAAUAAAUAGCUUCACUUCUAAAGGAAUUAUCAGAAAUUAAACAAGAGAACAAUCAACUCAAGGUAGAAUUGUCGAGGUAAUAACUGAAACCAAGGACGAAUUCUAUUCAAGAGAACAGUUUUCAAGAAGUUAAAGUAAACUUGUAGAAUUCAUAAAUAGAGACUGUCUCCUCACUUGAGAGUGCAUAAUUGCAGCUUUACAAGUCCCUCCUAGAAUCUGGUAAAAGAGAGAAGAGUUCCUUCACUUCCUGAUGUUAACUCAAAUAGAUUAUCUAUCAACAAGACUUCGUUUCACAAUUUGUCAUAAAAUCAAUCAUAUUCCAAGAAACCUCCGCUUCAAUAGAUACACAAUAUCAGUCCUAAUAAGCAAGUGCUAAUUGUUCGUCAAUGAUUUAAUACAGAUAUAUAUAUAUGGG